AUGACAGCAGAAGCCAUUCUCCGCCUGGUCAACGACCCCGUGCUGCCGUUCUACCCUCUGGACAUCGCCCUGGACGUUCAAAACAAACUCAAAGACAAGAGCGCCGUAUCUCCGGCCCUGCUCUCCUCGGCCUCCUCUCUCAGAGACCACGCAGCUUUCUUCCAGUCAGAAACCAUGCGGCCGGCGAACGACCCUAAAGAGCGCGACCCCUCCCACGUUCGGAUGCUGAACGAUGUGCUCCGUGACCUGGAGAAGAGCUUCAUCAUCCCACAGACGCCGCCUGGAGUGUACAGGAAUCAGCUCUACAGCCUUCCAGGAAAGACUCCUCAGUUUUCAAUCCUGCGGUUCUCGCAGGAAGCCGUCCUGCACUGCAACGUCACCAGCAAGGCAGCAAAGUACAACUCGGCGAACAAAGAAGUGCUUUGCCUCAGCAACAUGAACCAGUCUCUGUCGCUCAUCCUCAGGGCCAUCCGGUCAGCCGAGAGGCUGGUGUUCUUCGGCUUGGACUUGUUUGAGAAUUACCCGAGUGACACAAAAUGAUCUCGGCCGACAGAGGAUGCAGUGCGCUCAAAAGCUGAUCAGGUCAAUGAAGUUUAACACAUGGGAAAUAUUAAAACACAAUCG